CACAGCAGCCUGAUGUGCAUCACUCAAACUCUUCCCCCGGCGGUUAGGGGAACCGCAGAGAGGCGACUGGUGGUUGGUGGUCAUAAUGUCGGGCAGAAAACCUCGGUCUGUGGCAAACCCCCUGGAGUCCGCGAUCACCACACCGAGUGAGAGGAUCCUGAAGGAAUGCCACAGUCUGUAUGUGGACAGCGAACACGGCCUGGUGAAGAUUGCCAGUACUCUGGGAGUGCGGCUGCUGCCUCCCAGAAAGAAGAUAAUAGUGACGAUAAUGGGCAACCACUCUGCAGGGAAGAGCUCCUUCAUUAACUGGUAUGUUGAAGAGCACAUACAGAAAGCAGGAGUUGCCAUUGAAACUCAGGGCUUCACAUUCAUCACAAGUGGUCGUAAAAGAGAAUCACUGACGGGGAAUGCAACGCUACAUCUCUACCCUCACUUUCGACCACUCCUGGAGUUCAAAGGUGUUAUGGACUAUCUCACUGCUGAGAUCUCCACCUCUAAGCAGAAGAAGUUCAGUCUGGUGACAUUUGUGGACACGCCGGGUUUGGUGGAUGGGGACAUGGUCUACCCAUUUGAUGUCAACAGCGCCAUCACCUGGCUGGGAGAACAGUCAGAUCUGGUAUUCGUGUUUUUCGACCCGAUGGGUCAGGCGCUCUGCAAGCGCACGCUCAACAUCGUGGAAAAGCUGAGCGAGAAAUGCGGAGACAAGCUGCUCUUCUACCUCAGCAAGGCAGAUGAAGCAGGGAAGGAAACAGACAGACAGAGGGUCAUGAUGCAGAUAGUUCAGGAACUGUGUCGUCGUCCAGGCCUCAACAAAUGUGGCUUUGAAAUGCCUACUAUAUACAUCCCCAACCCACAGAAGCCAAGCCGCUGUGUGAACCAGAUUGACGGAGUGUGUCAGACCAUCGAGAAGAACAUCAACCAGGCUGUUCAGAAGACUUUGGAUCAGCUGGAGAAAGACUGUGACCUGAUCUGUUCCACCAUCAGCAGCAGACUGGAGAAGGACAGAGCCGAUGCAGCAUACAACAAAAGCGUACGUCUUCACUCGUUCCUGUGUGGGGCUCUGGGUGUCAUCCUCCCUACCCUCUUCAUCCUCAGUUUCAUUGUAAACACCUUCUCGACAGAGCAGCUGGAUGAGCUGCUGGGUGAAGGGCCAGCUCGGACCUUCUUCUUCCUCACAGGAAUAGUGAUAUAUUUGUGGGACUGGAUACCAGAAGAUGGACAAGUUGUGUUUGUAAUCAUCUUUGGAGCUUUUUGCUACCUCCUCCUUUUCCUAGCAAAGUACUUUGCAGGCCGAGGGAAUAAGACUCUGACGAAGAAGGAGAAGAAGGUGAUGGCAGAGUACAAUGAAUACAUUCAGGAUGUUGUCAGAACCAAGAAGGGGAAACUGUAUGAAUGGUACCUCCAGCAGUGUGCAGCAGAAUACGACCUCUGACCCUGGGUAAACUGGACACUGUUGAAAAAUAUGUGCCUGCAUCUUGCUUGAACUUUUUGUGGAAAGCAGCCUGUACGCCACAGUCUAUCGAUUGUUGUUAAAAGUGGAUUCAGGGGGACUUUUUAACUAGAUGAGCAUCCAACAAAUAAUCAGGUGUUACUCUUCUCAGUCAGUGGGGUCUACUCUCUAGUACAGCAGAGAUCACUGCCAACAUUUUUCAUCUCAUGAUUUUAAAGAUGAAAAGAUAAAAGUCUCAAAGGUGAUUUAUUUUUCAGUACAGGAAAAGCUGUGAUUGUAAUCGUUUGAUCUCAGAAUGUGAAUUUUUGAAGCACAGUAAUGUCUAACCUUCACACAAGAGUUUGCAAAAGGACUUUUUCAUUUACCUCCAAGAGUCAUGUGUAGCCAUCCGGCUCUAUCAAAAGUGAUGAGGCCUGCUCUUGUCAUUUUGCUCCUCAGAUCCCAAGCCGCCGUCCUUAAGUCUUUCAUAUUGUCGAUAACAGAUACAAGAAGGUCUGAUCUAUAGCAAUACUUCAACAACCAAUGCUGUGAAUAUUUUAUACCUGUACCAGUGCUAAGCUGUCUCCUGCCUCCAAAUAUUCUCUUUCCUACUGUCAGACAUUUGUUUGAAUCAGAUUUAAUGAUCAGUAAAUCACUGCCAUGUGAUAAUAUUUGAAUAAUUCACAGUCAACCAUGUGAUUUAUGUACUUUUUAAACCAGUUUAUUGUGUUUGGUCUUUCACAGCACUGAUGUAUAUCUCCUAGCUGUCAAUGAGCUACUCAUAUCAGCAAUAACAUUCUAUAACCCCAGUUUACUUUAUGAUCUAUCACCAUGUAUUGCCUUCAUUUAUGUGUUUGUAUUUAUAUUUAUUAGACUAUGAGGUGCUAUUUACCCAAAUAAUAUAGAGAAACCUCUCCGGGCUGUUUGCAAUACUAUUGUGAACACUGUCAUUUCUUAUUGUUUGAGUUAGAUGCCUCCUCGUUUGGGAAAAAAAUUGUCUUUUGGGAUACUUCAUAAACUGUGUGUGUCUUUACAUAUUCUGUUGAAGCUGUUUUUAAUGAUAUUACCUGUUUGACUCAACUGGCUCCUCUAGAAAUGUUUUUGUAAUUAAAGCUUCAAAGAAAGA